CCCUGCGAGUGAUGGCGAGCCCGAGCGCCGAAGCCGCAGGCGAGCGCCUCGCGCGCGUGAGCCGCAUGCGCACGCUGUCGGCGCUGCUGGACGACGAGCUGGAGGACGACGAGCAGCUGCCCGAGGAGUGCCGCGCGCUGUUCGCGCACGUGACGGCGGCCGCGGCCAAGGACGCCAAGGACGAGGACGCGGCGCAGCUGGAGCAGACGCGGCGCAACGAGUUCCUGUGCGUCGAGUGCCAGGCGCACGAGGCCGAGCUCUUCUGCGAGCAGUGCCACGACUACUUCUGCGAGCUGUGCUGCGGCGGCCAGCACCGCAAGGGCAACAGGCGGAAGCACACGUUCCAGCCGCGCUUCCCGGCGUCUAAGGCUGCGCCGGCGGCUGCGGCUGAGGCUGGUGCGGCCACGGCGGACGUGGAGAUGGAGAGCGCGAGAGACGCCGUGGACUACGAUAGCGACGAGGACGAGCUGGACGGAGACACGAGUAGCAGCGAGGAGGAAGACCUCGAUCGCGGUUACCCGUCGUCUCUCGGCCCGGCAAGACUCAUGAACGGUAACGCCAACGCGGCAAGCCCGGAAGCUGCGGCCGAGAUGCUGGAGCGAGCCAAGUACAUCCCUGUUCGACUCACCUACGAAGAGCGCAAGCUGCUGCGAGCACUGGAGGCGGCGCUGUGUGUCAGUAGCUAUACGGACAAGCUGGACACGCCCAAGUUCCUGCCGGCGGCCAAGCGCGUACGUGCCCAACUGCAAGAUGUCUGCGGAUUCCUGUCGGCUCUGGCUGUAGCGUCGGACUACAAGGCUGGACAGGAGGUCCUGGACGAGAAGAACUUCGCCGAGAGUGCCGAGUUCUUCCAGGAGAUCUUCGAACUCGGUAGACGGUACAAGAUCAUGAACCCGGAGAAAAUGCGCGGUGAGUACGGCAAGCUCAUGUACUUGCUGCAGGACGCAGUGAGCCCGGAACUCCAGGAGUUGCUGGGAUUCUCGUGUCUCCAGAAGAUCCGCACGGUGUACGAUGUGCUGGAAGCUGGUGGCGCUCUGGAUAUGCUGCGUGAUGCCCGUAUUGAGACUGCUACGAUGGUGGUGGCGCCGGAGGGAAAGUCCCGUCCUCAGAUCCAGCGCCAGAUCAAGCUGAAGGAGCAGGCGAUUCGCGCUUUGAGCGACAAGUACGAAAGCCGACGCCUCACGCGCGACUCGCUGCAGCAGUGUCUCUACUCGAUCGCAGAUAACAACUACCACCUGUACUUUGAGCGUGACCCGAUUGAUCGCAUGAUUAAGCUGCUGACCACGCACUUCAACCCGGACGACGAGAAGGAAGACAGCUCACUGGCCAUCAUUAGUGGAAAUGACGGCGCUCGGCUCUCCCAUUCGCACGGCCGACAGUAUAACUACGUGCUUCAGUCACUGACGCUGUGGCGUGAGAUUGCCCACGACAUGUUCCGCCUGUGGUGUCUGACCGAUGAGGACCUGCUGGCAGACGGCACGCGCUACGAGCUGACGGACACCGGCCAGGGUCUUCACCGUAUUCAGCCUGCGCCACGCGUGUCACGCGCAAUGCACGUGAUCCUGCACUCUACCCAGCGCAACCUGGACUCGUGGGUGGGCUCAAGUGUCAUCCAUUUAGGUGACAAGAACGUACCCAACGCGCUCAUGUUCAUCGACAAGUACACGCAGGUGGGGCACAUUCUGCGCCCGAUUGUCAAGGCCAUCGACAGCAUCGAGUCGAUGUGCGAGUCAUCGAAGGCUAUUCAAGGGUACGUGGAGACCACCUUCGGCGGUGCUAAAAAGCUGAAGCGGACAAUUCUGGCCGACUUUUUCCGCGAAGCAUUCGACGGCAGUGGUGCAGAUAACUUCUUCGAGGCCGGUUCUUGCAUUGAUGGACGCCUCACGAGUGCUUGGAAUUGGUGUUCCAAUCUGCACAAGAAGCCGUUCUUCCCGAUUUUCAAGAUCACGGGCUUCGUUGGUUUUGACGGCAAGUUUGGAUAGAUGACAGGACACAGCAAGCAAGGCUGCGUGUUGUAUUGACGCCUAUAGAUCAUGAUAACACGUCACGCGCCAUGCGCUUCAACAGCACGAGAUGAGGUUGACUUGUUGAUACUUUCUAACGUUAUUCACAUUAUACCGUUCUCUCCUUCAAAAAUGUACUGCGCAGCUGCACUCGGCCUUCUCAUAAGGACAUCGGACGCGAUGAGUUUGACGAGGACGAGUCCAUGCUCACUACCCCACUGUAAUUCACUGAGGAGCGGCUCGUGAUCUGCUGGAUCGCAUAGACAACCUCGGUAGCCGACGGGCGGUCGUCCGGGUUCAGCGACAGACAAGCCUUCGCCAGCUCCAGUACAGCCUUCGGACAGCUCUCGGUGAAGUCCGGAAUCAGCUCACCGGCAGCGACCAUGCGCAGAAUCGCAGUCUCCUCCACCUUUCCUCCUUGAGGCGGGUUCUUGGCAUUCCAAUACGGGUAAUCCUCCGUAUCGAUCUCGGAGAGGACAAUGCCCAGUGAGAAGAUGUCGGCACGCUCGUCAUAAUCCUUGCCGAGCAGCACCUCAGGGGCGAUCCAGAAAGACGUCCCGAUACCAGCAGU